UUAUGCUGCAUUUGAAAUCUCACUGACUUUCAUCUCAAGUGCGUUCGUUUUUAUAUAUUAAGAUAUUUUAUUUAUUUACAUUUCAAUAUGAAUUAACUUUGGUGACAUUUUCAAGACAUUAUAUAUUAUCUCGAUAUAUUUUGUUGUAAUAUAUACUAUAAAAUCAAGUACGGUUGUUUUUCUUGGAUAUGACUAUUCUGUCAGGCCUACUUGUCCGUUUAUAAAUUAUGCGUAAUAUAUGAUAACGCCUUUUUCACUUCCCCUACUCAUUGUUAUUUGAUAGUGAGUCGUCAUAAACGUCAUGUUGCUAUGCCAGUGAGAAAAGGAAACGUCGGCUAGUGACCGCGGUCAAGUGCAACAACAACAAAAAAUGUCCUGACACCUGUUAUAUAAGUAAUACAUUUGAGUGAAUGAAAAGGCAUAGACCUAAGUAAAAAUAAGAAAUUCGUUUGUUGGGACUUGAUUGAGGCAGAAGAAUAGCCGAUUUACUUAUGGCAAGUCCGGAGAGAAAUAAGAAGAUUUUGCUUGAUAUGGUGAAACAGCCCAGCAACGACCAUUGUGCCGACUGUGGGGCCCCUGAGCCAGACUGGGCCUCAUACAAACUUGGUGUGUUUGUAUGUGUGAACUGUUCUGGGACACAUCGGGACUUUCCUGCCAUCAGCCGGAUAAAGUCCAUACGCUUGGAUUUCUGGGAUGAUUCCCUAGUAGAGUUUAUGAAGACAAGGGGUAACGCAGCAGCCAAUGCGUUCUAUGAGAAGUGUGUUCCUCCCUUCUACUACCGGCCACAGGAGAAGGACUGUGUUGUUCUUAAAGAUCAGUGGAUACGGGCUAAGUAUGAGAGGAGAGAAUUCACAGGAGAGAAUAACUCCCUUCAACAAGUUUAUAGUUCAGGACUUUACGAAGGAAUACUAUGGAAGAAAGGCAAGGACAACAAGCAGUUCCUGAAAAGGAGAUUCCUGCUCUCUGAAACUGACUUUACCUUGAGAUACUUCACCAAGGAGGAUUCCAAGAAGCCCAAAGCAGUCAUCUCUAUGAAGGACAUCAAUGCCGUGUUCCAGCCGGAAAAGAUAGGCCACGCCCACGGGCUGCAAAUCUCCUACCUGGAGGAAGAACGGACCAGAAACCUGUUUGUUUACCAUGACAACAGCCAGGAAAUUGUGUCCUGUUUCAAUGCAAUUCGGGCCACCCGGUUUGCUUACCUCAAGAAAGUCGACCCUAAUGCCAGGGAGUGUGACCUCGUACCUUUGAUAAGCAGAAGUAGCAUUAAAGAAGGCUACAUGGAGAAAACCGGCCCAACGCAAUGGGAGACAUUCAAGAAGAGAUGGUUCGUCUUAAACUUAACGGACAGAAAGAUGUCCUACUUCAAAACUUCACUGGAUGCUUUGGAACUGGGAGCUGUCUUCAUCGGCACAGAGUUCCAUGGCUACUCUGUGAGGGAGGUCCAGCCUAAGGGGAACCGCAGUGGCAGGUGGAGGUUCGGGGUCACCUUGGAGACGCCAGACAGGCAGUUUGUCUUCCUGUGUGACCAGGAGCAGGACCAGAGGGAGUGGAUAGAAGCCUUCAAACUAGUAAUCUCCCAGCCUAUGCUACCGCAGCACUACAACACUGAGGCAAACAUGAGAAGGAUGACAAAAUGAAUGGUGUAUAAACCGGAGGAAAGGAAAGCAGCAUUUACAGGAAGAAAUGGCAAUGUGUGAGGCUGGCUGCCUGUUUCAGAGAGCCUACCAGUGACAGGAGGAGGCUUCUCACAAGAGGGGAUCAGUGAACUCUUCAAUGGAGUCAUGUUUACCGGAAAAUGGCUAAAUGAACUCAGGCUAAAGAGGCUAAACGAACUGAAGAGCUGCCAAUGUGGACCAGCACUGGUAAUCAUUGCAAGUCACCAUUAUCCAGGGCACCUUGCAAACCGGUGACUGGACUGACUAUUAUGAGAUGGGAACUGAUGUCAUUGUCGGGGACAUUGGGAAUGUAAUAUAUACUUUCUAUUAACUACUGUUCAUAUACACUGAGCGUAUAAAACAUUAAGGUUGUGUAUGUGUGCCAUUCAGAGGGUGAAUGGGCAAGAUAAAAUAUUGAAGUGCCUUUGAACGGGAUAUGUUAGGUGCCAGGCGCACCAGUUUGUGUCAAGAACUGCAACGCUGCUGGGUUUUUCAUGCUCAGUAGUCACGUGUGUAUCAAGAAUGGUCCACCACCCAAAAGGACAUCCAGCCAACUUGACACAACUGUGGGAAGCAUUGGAGUCAACAUGGGCCAUGUUGGGCCUGCAUCCCUGACACCUUGUACAGGCCAUGACAUGUGACAGACCAAUACCUCACAAGGUAUUGUUCUCAAAAUAAGGUCUGGGCAUACUGCCAAAUUGCAGCUACUGAUAGUGAGGAUUCAUUCAGUCAGCCACUUGCAUGAACACAGAAAUUGGUUAUAAGAAAAUCACUAACAUUAAAAUUGCCAUUACAAACGCAGUCCCCACCGUUACCAGGAUGUUAAGGAUGUUGCUCUGGGUGGCCAGUCCACCUCACCCCACAGGAGCAACAGAACAGCCACCAACUCCUUGAGACAAAUCAAAUGCUCCUUUAGAGCUGCAUCUGGUGGCACCUCACAGAGACUGGAGAACAGCCGGCAACACUGCCCCCACACCACUCUCCACCACUUCUCUUCCCAGGAACUGCAUGCAGAUACACUGAGCUAUGCCCAAGCCGUACACAGUCAAAGAGGCCCAAUACAGAUUUUAUAGCCACACUGCCCUCCACACCAACCUCUUCAAUUCCCCCUAGAACCUCCCUCCUAUGCCACCAGACCAGGCCCAUCACAGCACAGCUCAACCAGACCCAGCCCAUCACAGCACAUCUGUCACACCAUGAUCUGUUUCACCUGUCCUUGUGCUUGUCUCCACCCCCCUCCAGGUGUCAUCCAUCUUCCCCAUUAUCCCCUGGGUACUGAUACCUGUGUUCUCUGUUUGCCUGUUGCAGGUUCGUCUUGUUUGUCAAGUCAACCAGCGUUUUGUCUCAGCUCCUGCUUUUCUCCAGUCUCUCUUUUUCUCACCCUCUUGGUUUAGACCCUUGCCUGUCCUGACUCUGAGCCUGCCUGCCUGACCACUCUGCCUGCCCCUGACCCUGAGCAUGCCUGCCAUCCUGUACCGUUGCCCAAUACUCUGGAUUAUCGACCCCUGCCUGCCUUGAUCUGUCGUUUGCCUACCACUAUUACUGUAAUAAAAGAAAUCUUCAACACA